UCAUACAUACUGCGAAGAGCUAGAGGUCCAUGCAUGGGUAUGUGUACGAAUUAUUCUGUGCUGUGAGUACGACGAGUGUCGAGAUUUUGAUGUAAAUUGACGUAAAACUCCCGGAUAAAGAUGGAUGAACAAGACAAUACAGAUGACUUGAACAUUGCCACAGUAUGUGCAACUGUAAAUUCGGGUUUCGAGCAUUUAGCGACCCAAGAAUGUAUCGAGAAAUUGGGUUCCAGCUCCAGCUCAAGAACUUUGAAGAAAUUCCGAGGACGAAUCAUAUUUGAGCUCCCUGUCCAGGAUAUUGAAAAGGCAACUCAACUGAGAUCAGUGGAUAACUUGUCAGUUGUUCUCAAUCAUAUCAAAGAUGUUGAUUUGCAUCAAGAAAAGGAAAAAGUAGUUGAUGAACUGUGUCAGAAAAUCCUGGAAAUGAAUUGGAAGUUAGCCUUGGACACCUGGAGACAUUUCACAAAAUCCGAACUCUGUCUGGACCCUCUUCCUGGAAAACUAUCCUCCUCAAAGCCUGCACCACACCAAGAUAUGGAGACAGAAUCAGAAGUGAACACAAAGGACAAGAGCGAUGACAGUCCAGGAGAAGUGCCUCUAGGAGAAGAGGUCACUGCCGAACGUCCAACAUUUCGCGUGACCUGCACUCGCACAGGAGAGAAACACGACUUUAGCUCCAGGGAUGUGGCCCCUGCAGUAGGUUCCUUAAUCAAUGAGGCUUUUGGAUGGCCAGUGAAGAUGAAGGACUAUGACAUCGAGGUGGUGGUUAAUAUUCUGGAGGACUCGACCUUGGUGUCUAUUAGCUUGACUAAGGAGUCCUUGCAUAGAAGGAACAUUACUCACUUUGGUAUUACAACUCUCAAGUCUACAAUUGCAUACUGUAUGCUUAGAUUGGCUCAGCCCAAACCAGGGGAGAUCAUCAUGGAUCCUAUGUGUGGUGUAGGGGGUAUCCCUCUUGAGGGUUUGAUAGAUUGGAAGUCGUGCUAUGUAGUCUCAGGUGAUAUGAAUGAUGUGGCAGUAGAGAGAACAAAGGCCAACUUAGAUUCACUAGCAGAAAGGAGGAGAGAGAAGCAUAUAGAAAGGCCUGAUAUAGAGAAUGAUGUUCUUAAAUGGGAUGUCACAAAUCUUCCACUAAAAUCCUCAUCAGUAGAUGUCUUUGUCACAGACUUGCCAUUUGGGAAAAGGCUUGGUAACAGAAAGAAUAACUGGUCUCUUUAUCAUAAAUGUCUGGAAGAGAUGGCCAGAGUUUGUCGUCCUGGGAUUGGCCGUGCAGUGCUGUUAACUCAAGACAAGAAAUGUAUGGUUCAGACUUUGCAGCGAUGCCAUCACAUAUGGCGGAAGAAAACUGUCACCUUCAUAAACCAUGGAGGACUGAAGGCUUGUGUCUACCUUCUGCAGAGGGCAAAGGUAAAAAACGUUCGGAAUAAGAAGGAUGAGCAAGAAGAUGGAGGAGAUGUGGAUGAAGAUGAAGGAAUGGAUGAAGGAGAUGAUGAUAUAGAGGAGCAAGGUGAAAUGGAAAGUACUUGAACCCUUCGAUAAAUAAGAUUUUGUGAACCAAUAAUAAAUGCCAAGAUCAAGUGAAAUUGAUACUAAGAUUAUUUUUGAGGAGAUGAGGAGUUUCUUUGGCAGCUGUGAUUAAUAUUUUGAAAUUAAUCUUCUUUCCAGUUUUUUAAUAGUUUUAAAAAAUAAUUAAAGUCCUAUAGUGCAUUAGGAAAUAAUGUUAAAAAUGUAUACUCAAUGUCAUAAUUCCCCAUCACCAGAUGACAUUAUGAAAAAUAAAUGAAUUUAUAACUGUAAACCUGGACCCAACACAAUACCCUCCUUACCCUAACCACCUAAACUAAGAGCCACUUAAUACUCCUACGCUAUAGGUUUGACAAGAUAAAGCCUGAAGCAAUUUCUGCCACAGCAUAUGUCAGAUUAAAAGUAUCGUAUUAAAGGUUAUGGAGUAGGAAAUGUGUGGGAAGUAAAACAACAUUUCUAAUGUAAACAGGUGAUCUCCAGGCACAUGUUACAAUCAUUUUAGCCUGCCAAUUUGAAAGAUGAGAUAUGGGCAUUUUGCCAGGAAACACCUGCUUUUGUAUUAAAAUCAGGAAGCAGGUUGCUAAAAAUAAACAUGAUAUGACAACUCGUUAAAAUCUGGAUUGAAUUCUGGUAAUAGAAUAGGACUGUACAUGUAUAUCAAUUUGCAUUGUUUAUCAUGUAGUAGAUGGGUUAUUUUGACCAGCAAAUUGUACAAAAAUAUCUGCUGGAAAUCCUAUUCACUUUUAGGCACCAUUUGAUACGACAUCCAUACUGCACAAAUGACUACAUACUAUUUAUUUCUGUGGUUCAUCUAAAACCAUUUCACAGUACUUGGCUGACAGAUGUUUUUUUCUGGUCAUGAACAUUCAGUGUGUGGUGUAUUUUUCAUCAUUACCAGGUCUUAAUUUUACCUUUAAGUAAAACACGUUAAUGAUUGGAAGCAUUCUCACCUCACCCUAACGGGAAGGUCACUGUAGUUUUCAUUGGCAAUAGCUAUGUAAACAAGGUUAAUUGAACUCCCAGGUAAGCCUUGAUAGUGGUACUUCCGCUGAUGUAUGCGACUGUUAACUUCCUCAUAGCCAAGAGCUUGUUUACCUUUUAUGCCAACAAACUACUAAAGCAUAAAGACUACAUUUGUAUUUGAUUUAAUAGAUUGUUUAUCUUUAUUUCCUUGAAAUUUAAAUAUGCAAGGUAGAGCAGAACCUCUGUAAUUUCAUAUUUUGGUUUUGGCAGCAGUAAAUGCUUGGCAAGUCACCUGAAACAUUGGAAUGAAGAAUGUUUCCUGGGCCAAUCCGAGGUCACGGCUUGUAUUUUGUCCUGUACGCUACUAACCACAUGAUAGAUUUAUAGAAAACUAGAGCCCCUUAUCACAAAGGUUCGUGAUCAAUGGAAGAUAUGAAAUAACGAUUCUGAUAUGUUAAUAGUCAGCCUUGUUAACAAUAACCCUGUAUGUGCAUGCAAAUAUGAUCUUUUUUGGGCAUUACCAUUUAGCAAUUGAUUGCAAGUUGAUAGCUGUACGAUGGUAUAUUAUAUAUUGUAUGUUGUUAAUUUCAUGAUACUUUAUAAUGUACCUUAUAUAGGACAUAGAAUGACCAAGUAUCUUGGACUUGCCGUUGCGAACAUACAAGUACUGAACGUUUGCAUUCUUCAUAAUUGCUAGUACCAUUGUGUCGCUCAGGGUACUAUAAAACUUUUUAAAACCUUGAAUGGGAGGAUAACAUUUUUGUGCUGCAGAAUAUAAUUUGAUCUUCUUCAUAUUAAAAACAAAAUGAAAUAAAUACAUUUAAAAAAUCCAGGAUCAUGAUUGUGCUAGGUCGUUUGAUUUUAUCUGAAGAUUAUGUUUAUGAAAGUGCCUUCCAUUUUGAAGUAGUUAUGCAACUUGCAUUCCAGAAAUUAUUGAAAUGAAAGAAGACUUGUUAGUCUGUAUUCUUUACUGAGGCCACCCAAAGGAAACAGAAAAAUAUGUGGCCUCUCUAUGAAUCAUAUUUCUUCAUAGAGGGAGGCCACCAUAUAAGUGACCACUAUAGACAGGUGGACACUAUAUAAGUGACCGUUAAAGACAGGUGGACACUUUUACAGGUUUGACUUUCCUUGUACUUGUGUAUCUAUAUAUUUUGUUUUUCUUCAAAAUAAAUUUCAUAGUCUAAAUUACA